AUGACGCCCAGGGUUGCAGUACCGUGGUUCGGGGAACCGGGCCGGCACGUGCAGUGUAGAGACGUACCGUGGCUCGUACACCAAAACCCAGCGAGCAUGGAUCUCAGAAUCCCACGCCCAAAAAGCACAGACUUAUCUUCCGCCGGAAGCGACAAAGGGACAGAUAACUCUAAGGCGGGAGACAACUCCAGUGACUUGCCUUCUUCGGGCGAUGUCCACAGAUGUGAGAUUAAUUCAAACGGAAGUGACAAAACCUUUUUCGAAAAUAAGACAGACUGUUGUGAAAAUGCUUUGCUAAAUUCGUCGUUGGAUUCGACAGGCGAGGUUGAUUCGACCCAUCCCGGCAAAGCAGAUGACUCUCGUGUUGGUGACGUCAGCGAAAAAGAAAUGGACGACGGAAGUGACGACAAACUUUGCGCAGAAGACAGGUUGUGUAGCGAUGACGAGAAACUUCUCGACACAGACCCGGAGAAGGAUAAAGAACUAGAAGAGUUUGGAAAGAGGAAACAGCGCCGCUAUCGAACAACGUUCACGAGCUUUCAGUUGGAAGAGCUUGAGCGAGCUUUCCAGAAGACGCAUUACCCGGAUGUGUUCACAAGGGAGGAAUUGGCCAUGAGAAUAGAUUUAACAGAAGCUCGAGUUCAGGUCUGGUUCCAGAACAGAAGAGCCAAAUGGCGCAAGAAGGAGAAGGUUGGCACCCAGGCUCACCCGUACAGCCCUUACAGCGGGACGAUCGGCAUGGCGGCUCGGGGGGUGCUCCACACGCCCCAGUCCCCCCAGCAACAGUCGUACUCGGACCUGCUCCUGAAAACCUACGAGAAUCAGCUCUUCAGCAGAUACAGUCUCGCGUCGGCACUGCCUUCCGUCGCGCCUGCGCUCUACAACCCAGUGUCGUUUCCGAUCUCCUCGCUUCCUACCUCCGCUCUCGGAUUUCGCUCACUGGCGCCACUUUCCGUGCCCCUCCCCCCUCCGGGAACAUUUCAGCAUCUUCUGGCGAGCAUGACGUCAUCGGCGGCCAAAGCGCGGGAGAACCUUGACAUUACUUCGCCGGUUCCCGGAAUGUCCUCCCCGACUUCCGGUUUAGUGGUGGACAAUGAAAGACGGUCGUCGAGCAUUGCUGCGCUUCGUAUGAAAGCGCGGGAACACGAGUUAAGACUGGGAAUCAGUGGAAAUAUAGUCUAUUGAUGUACGUCUGUCUCUUCGUCUGUCCGUAUGUGCGUGUUUGUGUUGUUUUCUUAAACAGUUUAAUAACUGGGUGAAUUACUGUGUCAGGGAGUUGCCCUACAGAAGCUUCAACUUUGUUUUUCUACUUAACUCCCAUAAAUUACAGUAGACUGGUACAAUAACAGUAAAGCUGGUUAUGACGGUCUGUGCUAUACACGUAGCUUGACUAAAGGCGUAGCCCAGUGGAAAAGCGCUCGCUUGAUGUGCGGUCGGUUUAGGAUCGAUCCCCACCGGUGGGCCCAUUAGGCUAUUUAUUUCACGACUGGUAUAUCGAAGACCGUAUGGUAUGUACUAGCCUGUCUAUAAUACCCACAAAAGAAAUUCAAAGUUAAAGUUUGUUUUUGUUUAACGACACCACUAGAGCACACUGAUUAAUUAAUCAUCGGCUAUUGGAUGUCAAACAUUUGGUAAU